AUGAAGACUUGUGGAGCUCUACUGGUGCUGCUGUGCGGCUGUUUGGCUGAGAUACAGCUUAGAGGAGACACCAUCAGUGACAAUGACAUCACUCACCAGGGCCACUAUGGUGAAGCAGAGACCAGAGAAGAUGUGGUUAUGGGUGCAGCACAGAGAACUGAAGAUGCAGACACAGCCUCCACCCAACAAACCUGCCAGCCUGACAUCCACACUGUGCUGAGAGAGAUGAGCGCUCUUGUGGUGGAGCAGAGAGUGGAGCUCAGACACACUAAGACCCAGGUGGAGGCCAUGGAGAAGAAAGCAGAGACUAUGGAGGCCAGAUUGAGAGCUAGUGAGAGUCUGGUGGAACAACUAAGGAGUGAAAAUGCAGCUCAUGCAAUUAAUCUGAGCCUCACUGUGAGUGAGGUGGCUGUUCUGAAGAAGGAGAGAGAGCAGAGGAGGGUGUCUUUCUCUGCAUCACUGCUGGCGUCUGGUAAUGGACAUACAGGACCCUUUUCAGCUGCUACUCCCCUGGUCUACAGACACGUCUUCACUAAUGUUGGAGAUGGCUACAAUCCAAACACAGGGAUCUUCACAGCUCCAGUAAGAGGGGUCUACCACUUUGUUGUAUUUCUUCAUGGAGUAGGUUCUUCAACAGUUACAGCACUCUCUCUUCAUAAAAAUGGAGAGCAUGUUGCUAUUGCUUACAGUCAUCAAUCAAGCGGCAGCGUAAAUCCCUCAAACGGAGCCUCUCUACUGCUGGAGGAGAGAGAUGUGGUCUAUGUGAAGCUGUGGCCCAAUGCAAGGGUGUAUGAUAAUGCUCAGUACCACUUCACCACCUUCUCUGGCCACCUGCUGUUCCCCAUGUGA